GGGAAAACUGAGGCACGUUAACCAGGAAGCCCCCUCUACUAUUGCAGCAUGUUUAAAAGCGGCAAGGGCUUUCGGAGAAUAUCUUUCACAAAACCAUCCUGAAGGUAGAAACGGCUCAGAUCACCUAUUAGCAGACUCCUACAUCGGACAGGAGGACUCCCCUGAGAUGCAGCAGGCAGCACAGAACAAGCGCAGGCUCUCCGUCAUCUCAGACGGGAAGUUUGAGAGGAGCUUCUCCGAGGAGCAGGCAGAGAAGAUGCCAAGUGAGGGACCGAAGCCACGAGUCUACACAAUCUCUGGCGAGAGGCCGAUGCUGUCGGACCAUGAGAACGAAAGCAUGGAACUGGUGGUGAUGAAGGGGGCUGCCCAAGAGGAAUGCCACCAUGGCCACCAAGUGCACGGUGCUGGCGGCUCUCACGGCGUUAGCAGGCAUUGCAAGGGCUGGCCGGGCAGCCGGCAGGGCUCCAAGGAGUGUCCAAACUGCACCCGGCUGGCUGCCCCUUCCCAGCAUUCCUUUGACCUGGAGCAGCAUCAAUCCAGCGAGACUGGGUGGCACAGAAAAAGGCUGGAGAGGAUGUAUAGCGUCGAUCGGGUGUCUGAUGAUGUCCCCAUACGAACCUGGUUCCCAAAAGAGAACCUCUUCAGUUUUCAAACUGCUACUACAACUAUGCAAGCCAUCUCGGCGUUCAGGGGCUACGCAGAGAGGAAGAGACGGAAACGAGAGAAUGAUUCUGCAGCUGUUAUACAGAGGAAUUUUCGGAAGCACCUCCGCAUGGUGGGGAGCCGAAGGGUUAAAGCACAAACAUUUGCCGAACGGCGUGAGAGGAGCUUCAGCAGGUCCUGGAGUGACCCGACUCCCAUCAAAGCUGAUUCCUUCCAUGACUCUCGAGAAAGCCAUGACCUUCAGGAUUCCUGCGGCACUUUGGAUGGCGACUUUGACUUGAACUGGGAAGCAGAAAAGGAACUUGAAGCCAUGGCAUGUGACGGAGAAGACUUUAUUCCACCAAAAAUAAUGCUUAUUUCUUCCAAGGUGCCCAAAGCAGAGUAUGUCCCGACAAUUAUCCGCAGGGACGAUUCCUCUAUCAUCCCCAUUCUAUACGACCAUGAACAUGCCACCUUUGAUGACAUCCUAGAGGAAAUAGAGAAGAAGCUUAACAUUUAUCGGAAAGGCUGCAAAAUCUGGAAGAUGCUGAUAUUUUGCCAGGGAGGUCCCGGUCACUUAUACUUGUUAAAGAACAAAGUUGCCACUUUCGCCAAAGUGGAGAAGGAGGAAGAUAUGAUCCUCUUCUGGAAGAGGUUGAGCCGGCUGAUGAGUAAAGUCAAUCCUGAACCAAAUAUCAUUCACAUCAUGGGCUGCUAUGUUCUUGGAAACCCCAAUGGGGAGAAGCUAUUUCAGAAUCUGAAAAACUUAAUGAAUCCUUAUAGGGUUGCCUUUGAGUCUCCACUUGAACUAUCAGCUCAAGGUAAGCAAAUGAUUGAGACUUACUUUGACUUCCGCCUUUACCGCCUCUGGAAGACCCGCCAGCACUCUAAACUAUUGGAUUACGAUGACAUUUUAUGAGCUGGAGAAGACUUUGCAAGAGGAAGUUCAUCACCGGUGUCCAAGAAGUCAUGCUUAUUGCAGAGAGACUUUUUUAUUGGCACAGGGAGCCCUUCAAAGCCCUACGGGAGGCAGCAGUGCUAAGGGGAGGGAAGAAGGAGCCCUCAGAAGUGUGUCGGGAGGAAAGUCUCCUGGGUCAAGAGAGACUGGAGGAAAAGGGUUUGACACCUCGCUCGCCUCAGGUCAGAGCUGUGGUGUCUCAGGAGGAGCUGUGUGGAAUGAGGACAGGAUGGAGUUCCUUGCAGAACUGAGCUGUUUUGGGUCAGAAUGGGCCAGAUUUGAUUCCAGGUCCUUUUAAAGACUUUUGAAGCUCAGGUUUUCUUACAAAAAAUAAACCCAAUUGCCCAUGCACUACAAUGAAGAAGUGACCAGAGCACAGAGGAAGGAGGGGGUUGUACUGAUGGGACCUUCUGUGCUGGGGAUCUUGGAGAGCAAGGACUGCUACACCUACUCCUGCAAGCUUAGAUCAAGACGAUCCAGUUUCAAUGUGAAUAUAUACUGGAACAUAGAAUUGAAAUCUAACUUCUUUUUUUGUUUGUUUUUGUUUUGUUUAAUAGAAAAUAAGUGCAAUUUUUAUAGCGAGAGGGGUAAAAUCCCUCCCAAUAUUUAAUUAGUUAAAAAUAACACACCAGUAACCAAUAGAUGAGGUAUUUUUGGUCUGCUUGAAAAUAUAUUCAAAAUGGUAAUAUAUCUUCUGUAGACAUAUUUAAUCACCAGCAAACAUGGUUUUAAC